AUGAGCGACGCACUUACAGAACUGUGGCUCGAGCGUAAGAAAAGGAAGACCCACAGUGCAGAGCCACGAGCCCAAAGCAGAAGAAGAGGGAGACGACUGAUACAGUAUGCACAGAUCACCUCACUGUGUGCUGCUGGCCUCAAAGGAGAAUUCUGCUCCAGUCAAGCUGGGAGGUUUUGGAGUUGCAAUACAGCUGGGAGAGUCUGGCUUGGUGGCUGGAGGUCAGGUUGGUACUCCCCACUUCAUGGCCCCAGAGGUGGUGAAGAGGUCACAGUAGAUGUGUGGGGAUGUGGAGUCAUCCUCUUCAUCCUCCUGUCUGGCUGCCUGCCUUUCUACGGCACCAAGGAGCGCUUGUUUGAGGCUAUCAUUAAGGGCAAGUACAAGAUGAACCCGCGCCAGUGGGCCCACAUCUCAGAGAGCGCCAAAGACCUGGUGAGACGCAUGCUGAUGCUGGACCCUGCUGAGAGAAUCACCGUCUACGAGGCCCUCAACCACCCCUGGCUGAAGGAGAGGGACAGGUAUGCCUACAAGAUCCACCUGCCUGAAACAGUGGAACAGCUGAGGAAGUUCAACGCCAGGAGGAAGCUGAAGGGUGCAGUUCUCGCUGCUGUUUCCAGCCACAAGUUUAAUUCCUAUUAUGGCGACCCCCCAGAGGAGCUGCACGACUUCUCAGAUGAUCCCACCUCCUCAGGUAAAUCAGACAGCAGGUUGGAGGAAGAGGGCAGUAAAGUAAUAAUGGUGAAGUAGUUGUUCCUCCAAAUGUCAAUAUCCACUGACAUGUCAGAGAAGAAAUGA